CAGGCCGGCUGCAGCGGACUAGGCGGCGGAAGUUUGACGGCGGCGAGCGAGUGGCUGCGGCGGCAGCGCUGGAGUUCCCGUAGAUCCCCCCAGUAGCCGCACCGGUGCCGGAGGCCCGGCGAGCUUGGGCGUGAGAUCCCGGACGGGAGGACGAACCCCUCUGAUACACGACAUGGACCUGGAGGCCAAAGUGAAGAAGAUGGGCUUAGGUCAUGAGCAAGGAUUUGGAGCCCCCUGUUUAAAAUGCAAAGAAAAAUGUGAGGGAUUUGAACUGCACUUCUGGAGAAAAAUAUGUCGUAACUGCAAGUGUGGCCAAGAAGAGCAUGACGUCCUCUUGAGCAACGAAGAGGAUCGAAAAGUGGGGAAACUUUUUGAAGACACCAAGUAUACCACCCUGAUUGCAAAGCUAAAGUCAGAUGGAAUUCCCAUGUAUAAACGCAAUGUUAUGAUACUGACCAAUCCAGUUGCUGCCAAGAAGAAUGUCUCCAUCAAUACAGUUACCUAUGAAUGGGCUCCUCCUGUCCAGAAUCAGGCAUUGGCCAGGCAGUACAUGCAGAUGCUGCCCAAGGAGAAGCAGCCAGUGGCAGGCUCAGAGGGUGCUCAGUACCGGAAGAAGCAGCUGGCAAAGCAGCUCCCUGCACACGACCAGGACCCUUCAAAGUGCCAUGAAUUGUCUCCCAGAGAGGUGAAGGAGAUGGAGCAGUUUGUGAAGAAAUAUAAGAGUGAGGCUCUGGGAGUAGGAGAUGUUAAACUUCCCCGUGAGAUGAAUGCUCAGGGCUCCAAUAGAAUGCACCUUCCUGGCGGGGAUAGAAGCACCAUGACAGCGGCAGGGGCCAUGGAGGACAAAUCGACCGAACAAAAAAGAACUCAGUAUUUCUGCUACUGCUGCAAACUGAGUAUGAAGGAAGGAGACCCGGCCAUCUAUGCUGAAAGGGCCGGCUAUGAUAAACUGUGGCACCCAGCUUGUUUCGUCUGCAGUACCUGCCAUGAACUCCUGGUCGACAUGAUUUAUUUCUGGAAGAAUGGCAAGCUGUACUGUGGCAGACAUUACUGUGACAGUGAGAAACCCCGGUGUGCUGGCUGUGAUGAGCUGAUAUUCAGCAAUGAGUAUACCCAGGCAGAAAACCAAAACUGGCAUCUGAAACACUUCUGCUGCUUUGAUUGUGACAACAUCCUAGCUGGGGAAAUAUACGUGAUGGUCAAUGACAAGCCCGUGUGCAAGCCCUGCUAUGUGAAGAACCACGCUGUGGUAUGUCAAGGAUGCCACAAUGCCAUUGAUCCCGAAGUGCAGCGGGUGACCUAUAACAACUUCAGCUGGCAUGCGUCCACAGAGUGCUUUCUGUGCUCCUGCUGCAGCAAGUGUCUCAUUGGGCAGAAGUUCAUGCCAGUAGAAGGGAUGGUUUUCUGUUCAGUGGAGUGCAAAAAGAUGAUGUCUUAAGAGGAGAGCACCAAGCAUUAUUGAGCCAGAGCUAUCCAGAGUGGUCUGCAUUUCUACUGUAAAAUGCAAUUUGGAAAAAAUAAAUGGAAAAAAAGAAACUAUAAAGGAAACAAGGAAAUUUUGUUCAGUAUCUUUCUUUGCUGUGUUUUUCCGUAUCAGUCUUUUUUCGUCUCAAUUUUUCAAACCUGCUUUAAGCAUUUGAUUUUUAAAACGGUAAAGAAUUAUACCUUUCCUUAGCUUUCCAGACAAAAUAUUUUGAGUUGAAAGCUUGGGUUUAAUCAGUCUACAUAUCCCUAUCCCCUUUCUGCUAAACACAGUAUAUAUGAAACACUUAAAAGUUAAUGUUUGAAUGGAAAAAUGAACAUUUCAUGUUGUGUAUUCUUUAUCUCUUCUUGUAUAAAAUGAAAAGGAAAUUAAACUUGCCCUAAUGCCAAGGCUGUACACUAUUGCCUCAUCUUAUUCACUGAAUUUUGUAGGGAUACACAGUGAAUUCUUUUGACAGAGAAAAUAGAAAUGCAGCAUAGUAAGCGCUAUUAUCAUUUUAAUGCCUGUGCAUUUGCUAUUCCCUAACCUAGGUGGAGGUGGCUUCAUUGCAUAUCUCUAUUUUUUUAGUUUGCCCUACCUCUCAGUAUUCUCUUUGUAAGCUGGUGACCUCCAUCUGUGGCCUUGAAUAUUUUAUUGCCACCUGUGGCAUCCACACUUUUUACUUCUAUAGAUGAUAAUAUACUCAUUUAUAUUGUUUUCAAUCCAAAGAACAUGUAUACUUUUGUAUCCAAGAAACUAUAAAUUGUACUAUUUGCACUUGCCUGCUAUGGUUUGGAUAGACUUUUUGCAUGGUUUUCAUUUUCUAAUGGAUACUGUCCUAUGAUGCCUGUUCAUGGGUAUAUAUCAAAUGUCUUCUUUGCCUGUAUACUUCCAUCCUUAGGUAUUUCUAAUGUUUGUUUUUCCCUGUAUACUUCCAUACAUAGCUGUGCACUAUGAAAGUUAAAUUGAAUGAAUGAUAUGUAUAUUAUUAUUCAAAAUAAAGUCUCUUUCACGUUAAUAA